AGUAACAUCCGCCUCCUUCCCCAAAUCACUCUCUUUCAUAGACCUUCUAUGCAAUGCCUCAAAAUCCCACAUUAGUGAAGAAUUAUAAGAAGCUGAAGUAAAAUUUUUGCGCCUAAGAAAUCAAGCAAGAGGUGCUAUACUAUUUAGUUUCCAAAAUGGUAAUGGCUUCUGUUAGCAAAGUGGUUCUAGGCUCAAUUGCCUUUGGAAUCUUUUGGGUAAUCGCAGUUUUCCCUUCUGUCCCCUUUCUACCCAUUGGGAGGACUGCAGGGUCCCUACUAGGGGCCAUGCUUAUGGUCCUAUUUGGGGUUAUAACUCCAGAUCAAGCUUAUGCUGCAAUUGAUCUCCCAAUCCUGGGCCUUUUGUUUGCAACCAUGGUUGUCACGGCCUAUCUUGAAAGGGCAGAUAUGUUCAAGUAUUUAGGGAAGCUGCUUGCAUGGAAUAGUAAAGGAGCUAAGGACUUGAUUUGUCGAAUCUGUGUGAUUGCUGCAAUAUCAAGUGCCUUUUUCACCAAUGACACCGUUUGUGUAGUUCUUACUGAAUUUGUACUCAAAGUUGCAAGGCAACAUAAUCUUCCUCCCCACCCUUUCCUGAUUGCUCUAGCCUCUAGUGCAAAUAUAGGGUCUGCAACAACUCCAAUUGGAAAUCCUCAAAACUUGGUUAUAGCUAUUCAAAGUAAAAUUCAUUUUGGGGAAUUUGUUUUGAGAAUUCUCCCCGCUAUGCUCAUGGGAAUAGUUGUGAAUGUUUUACUUCUUAUAUGUAUGUAUUGGAUGGUGUUGACUGUUCAGAGGGAUGAAGAGGAUGCCACAGCCGAAGUGGUUGGAGAUGAGGAUAAUGCUUCUCAUCGAUUUUCACCAGCAACAUUAUCACAUCAUCACUCUCCAGAAUGGAACUCCAGAUUGGCAGCUGCAGCAGCCGUGCGAAGCUUUCCUAAUAUGAAGGGAACUCCGCCUUGUGAAAUCCAGAAGGCAUCUAGCAGCGGAUUUGGGUCUGGAAAGAGCCCAAAUGCUUCAAAAGAAGAGGAAAAUGAUGUAUUUACCCCCCAAAAGAAGGGAACUGCACCUCCAAAGAAGAUUACAUCGAUGGAUAGAUUGAGAGAGGCAUUGCCUCCAAAAUGGAAAAAGAUUUUGUGGAAAGUCUGUGUUUACCUCUUUACAAUUAGCAUGUUGGUUGCUUUGCUUAUGGGUCUCAACAUGUCCUGGACAGCUAUUACUGCUGCACUCUUCCUUAUGGUUCUUGAUUUUAAGGAUGCUGGACCUUGCCUAGAAAAGGUAUCUUAUUCACUUUUAGUUUUCUUCUGUGGAAUGUUUAUUACUGUCAAUGGUUUCAACAAAACUGGAAUUCCAAGCAGUUUUUGGGACUCAAUGGAACGAUAUUCAAAGGUUAACCAUGUUUCUGGGGUGGCAGUUCUUGCUAUUGUCAUACUAGUCCUCUCAAAUUUGGCCUCAAAUCUGCUUUAUGUUACUCCAGUUCUCUUUCUCGGAGGGCGGGUGGCGGCAUCAGCUGCUGCGAUCUCUUCGGCUUAUGAGAAGAAAGCAUGGCUCAUUUUAGCUUGGGUCAGCACCAUUGCCGGGAACUUGUCACUGCUGGGAUCGGCGGCUAACUUGAUAGUAUGUGAACAAGCUCGACAACUGUGCUCUUGAUUUUGGUCAUAUUUUGUACUCGGAUACUAUAGAGAAUUUAUUUCCAAGAACAGUUGUACUUGUUUAAGCUUAUAGGGUGGGGUUAUUGCCACAGCCACUAAUGUUAAUGCCACAGCUUUUUUUAGUUAUUUGACUAUUAUACCCCUCAUUUUGAAUCCAACUUGCAGCAGUCAUCACCUUCUCCGCGUGGGUUAAUGGUCAAUUAAUUAAAAAAGCUGUGGUAUU